CUUUUCUUUCACUCCAUCCCCCUCUCUCAACUCCUCCUUCUCCCUCACUACCGCUAUUUCCAACAGCUGAUUUCCAGAUCAAAGAAAGAGGAACACGGCGAGACAGUUCAGGUUUGGGAUCAGCAGCAGAAGCAGAAGGAUUUAAAGCGAGUAGAAAUGCAGGGAGAGCGCUGCGAUCCGCAGCAUCCGUCAUGAAGAUUUGAGCUCCGCCGCCGCUGCUGCUGCUGCCAUCAGCUCCGAGAGGAUGGCGUUCCAUGGAUCCACUCGGCCGACAGUGUGUGGUAACUUGUUCCCUGGAUCAGAUUUAGGCCACAAGUAUUUUUGUGUCAACACCACGACCGGCACUACCUCAACGGGCCUCAGUGCAACACCAAAUCCCACUGGACCCAACGCACCAGCUGGGACUCCCAGGCACCCGGCAUCUCUCGGGGGCAGCGCAGGCGGAGGGGCGGCCAUCCCGCAACCUCACAGUAACCCAGCAAGUGAGGUUCCAAGUCCAGCUGAAAUGGAACCAGAUCGACCUAUAGGUUAUGGUGCAUUUGGGGUGGUCUGGUCUGUGACGGACCCUCGGGAUGGGCGAAAGGUGGCUCUGAAGAAAAUGCCGAAUGUCUUCCAGAACCUGGUCUCCUGCAAACGUGUGUUCAGGGAACUCCGGAUGCUGUGUUUCUUUAAACAUGACAACGUGUUGUCUGCCCUUGACAUUCUCCAACCUCCACAAAUCGACUGCUUUGAGGAGAUAUACGUGAUCACUGAGCUCAUGCAGAGUGACCUACAUAAAGUCAUCGUUUCCCCUCAGCCUCUCACCACCGAUCACAUCAAGGUGUUCCUCUACCAGAUACUCAGGGGGCUGAAGUACCUGCACUCUGCAGGCAUUCUGCACAGAGACAUCAAACCAGGGAACCUGCUGGUCAACAGCAACUGUCUGCUUAAGAUUUGUGACUUCGGCCUGGCACGAGUGGAGGAGCCAGAUCCUUCUCGUCACAUGACCCAAGAGGUGGUGACGCAGUAUUACCGCGCUCCGGAGGUUCUGAUGGGAUGCCAGCAUUACACUUCAGCUAUAGAUGUCUGGUCUGUAGGCUGCAUCUUUGCUGAGUUGCUGGGCCGGCGCAUUCUUUUCCAGGCUCAGAGCCCCAUACAACAGUUGGAUCUGAUCACUGAUCUUCUCGGGACUCCUCCUCUUUCUGCCAUGGCAUCUGCGUGUGAAGGAGCUCGAGCGCACAUUCUUAGAGGACCCCACAAACCACCAUCAUUGUCUGUUCUGUACAUGUUGUCAGAUGGGGCGACACAUGAAGCUGUUCAUCUUUUGUGCCGCAUGCUAGUUUUUGAUCCAGCCAAGCGCAUCUCGGGCAGUGAUGCUCUGUCUCAUCCGUAUUUGGAUGAGGGUCGUCUGCGGUACCACACCUGCAUGUGUAAGUGCUGUUACUCAGUGCCCAGCGGGAGGGUAUACACCCGAGACUUCGAGCCGCCUGCGGAUCGACCUUUCAGCCACAACUAUGAGCAGAGCAUGCACUCUGUCUGGCAGGGCAAAGAGCUCAUCCAUCGUUUUAUAACGGAGCACCAGCAAGGCAAACGAGUGCCUUUGUGCAUCAAUCCCCAGAGUGCAGCCUUUAAAACCUUCAUUAGAUCCACAGCAUGGCAUUCGUCAAAAGUAUCAAGGAAAGAAGAGAGAUGAGGGAUGAGGUGGAUUCUGGAAAAUGUGGAUCAUAGGAGCAAGCUUGCGUUGGAGAUGUCUGAAGGAUCACAUGCUUUUGAACGCAUUCUCAGCACUCUUUCCAAGAGAGUUUCUCAGAAAAACAUCUUUUCCAGUUCCACUUUCACAACACUGAUGAAUAAUGCUUCUGAUGCUGCUGAGAACAGUUUUAUACUGACUGUGUGCUUGAGGAUUAUGGGAAAUAGAGUUUUCCACAGGAAAAAAAAAAGAAAGAAAAGAAAAUCUCAUGGAAUUUUGUUGAAUUUUGACUAAAUGAGCCAACGUCAAUGUUGUGCAAUACAGAUAUCUGGAAUAAUGCAAAUCACAAGACUGCGCUGACCAUGAUCUUACUAACAGAUGAGAUGACAGUGCCCACAUGUCCACAGCAUCACCCACGCGGCCAUCUUUAAUCUGUGGUGUACCUCCAAAUUCUGUCGAUAGACUUUUAACACUGUGUUCCUUUUGCGGGUUCUUAGGUUUUAUUCUGAUAACCAAAAGUUCUUCUCAAGUCUUCUUUCUUUGUUACUGCUUCCUCAUUCAACUGAAUGCUUUCUGUUCGAUAUCACGCAGACUUUCUCUAAGAUAUUUUUUCCCUUACUGUUAUUUUCAUUUAAUGUAGUUUUUUUUGGGGAGUUGUAUUGUGCAGAGUCCUCAAUAUUUCUUAUGAAGCGUCCUGUGCAAAUGAUCCUUGAGCAAAUGCAUUAGUUUUAGAGUUGUAUUAGAAGGUGUAUAGGGGUAUAGGGGUGAUGGCGUCUUGUGUGCCGAUACAUUUUUAUCUGAGGAACGUAGGUACUGUGCUGUUCCCGCCUGAAGCAUCUUCCCAAAGGUCCCGGCCCUCCUCCUCCCUCCUAGGACCAAACGAGAUUGAUAUCAGUAUCCUGCUCUCUGAUUGGGCGAGGCUCUGUAGGCAGAGAAGAUGGAUUGAAUCGUAUUUAUUUUCGCUUUUUAAUUUAUUGUCGUCUUGUCCAACUUGUUCGGUGUUUGUGUUAGGUGGACCAGGUGUGGGUUUCAUGGCGGUAUGAGCGAGCCACCUGGUCCGUACGUGUUUUUAAAAACUGCAGUUUCGGAGAGUUUAGGGAUUGUGCAGUGUUGUACCUUUUUGAAUAUUUCAUUACCUCAACCGGCCCUCAGUUCACUGGGCUUGUGUGUGUAUAGACUGAACCCAAUCAUUUAUCAAAAAAGUACUGUAAUGCAGCCAAAUGACGUCAAGUGUGUGCGAAGCUGCUCCACUGGGCGGCAAUCUCUCCCUGAAUUGUUUCUGAAUCGAUCUGCUUUUCUUUUUCCAUCAGAGCGAGGGAUUGUUGGGACGAUGGCUGAUGGGUGAGUUUUAGAUGCUUGUUGGGAAAAAAGCUGCUGUUUUGUGUAAUACCUCCCUGACUCAUUUGUAAAAGUAACAAGUCUAGAGCUCAGGUUUCAUAUUAUACAAUAUGGACUAGACUGUAGACACUGUAGACGUGGAUCCAGGCAGAGUUACUGUAUACAAGCAGUUGUUGGUGCUCUCUGUGUUUAUUGCAGGAGGCUGAAUACUCAAAUGCCCAGUACUGUAAAUGUUUGCCUCCUACCAGCAGGUGGCAACAGAAGCGCAGGGCACGAUUGGAUGCAUCAAGGCUGUUCCUCAUCAAUAAUGUCUCUCAAUGCAUGUGUGUAUGGACUUCACUUGGAUUUGCAAAUUGCAGUGCAUUAGGAGUUUUAUUUUAGAAACUUUUUAAAUGUGCUGUUGCUAUUUAAUUUUAUUAUAGGAACAUGUUCUUUUUAGGUUUUGUUUUCAUGUAUUGUGACCAAUUCUUUUAGGUUUUGGUUUUAUUAUUAUUAUUUUUUUGUUUGUUUAAGUUGUUGUUUUUAUGACCACUUUUGCUAUUGUGUUGGUAGAAAAACUAGCAAAAUAGUGACUGGAAUGAAGAUCAGUGGAUUGGUUUAGUCAUUUUCGUCUUAACCGACUGCCAAGCAGAAAGUUAACUUUUCUUUUCUUUUUUUUUUUUUUUUUUAAGUAAAUGGUGAAUUUCCUUUAGUCGUAGGAUAAUAGAUGUUAGACAUUUUUAAGAUGAAACUGAAAACUUGAUAUUCGUGUUAAUGACUAUUAUGGCUUUGAUAAUAUGAUUGAACAGUUGUUUUAAGAUGGUUAUUAUUUCUUGUUAUCUGUUUUAUUAGAUUUUUUUUUUUCUUUUUUUGUCUUUUGCAUUUUAGAAGAAAAAAUGUUUUUGUGUUCCCAACAAAUACUUGAAGUUUUUAAGGAAAAAAAAAGAGAAGUGGAUUUGGAUAAAAUAGACAUUAAAGAGACAGACACUGGAAA